AUGGCGAACCGCCAGGCCAUGUCGAUGGAGGCGAUGCUCGACGAAGAGCGGAGGGAGGUGCUCGCGCUCCUCGAGGGUCCCCAGGCACCGCGGCCAGGCGUUCCCAGCUCGAUGGGGGGCCGCGAGCCCUCCCCCUUCACCUCGCCUCGCUCCCCCGUGCGCAGCAUGCUAGACAUUGGUGACGAUGCUCCUCCAUCCCCCGUCAUCCCCCCUGCUGGCUCGCCGAAAACCAAUGCUAAGAUAGCAUCCCCGCGCAUAGCGCCCGUACGGAGCAUGCUGGACGUGGACAGUCCUCCGCCACCAGCGGUCCGCAGCAUGCUGGACGUCGGCACGCCGUCUUCCUCCUCCUCCUCCUCUAACUUUAAGCCCGUGUUUAGUAACCCCUCGUCGCCCACAGAGCCGAACCUUCGUGCCCAUCCGAGGAGCAUGUCGGAUGCGGCCACGAGGCCCGUCGAUUUUGGACCGAGGUCUUCGGGCUCGCGCCUGGACCGUACUUCGGACUACCAAUUUGGAAACAUCAUCACAACCAAUGCCGGCCAGGCUCUCCCGAAGAGGGUAACGCAGGGCGGCAAGCGCUCGAAUGCCAACUCGUCUUCUAUGGCCGAAGUCAUGCGAGGCAACGACGUGUCCGGUCUGAUGCUACCCGGUGAUAGGGGACGCCACUACUCUCUUGGCGGACCGUCGAUGCGGCCGGGCAACAAAUCCAAGUCCCCUCACAACCGCUUAGGCGUGCGUUCCAUCUCGCCCCACAAUCUACUGAUGGGGCGCCAGUUGAGUCCCGCUGGACGAUCAACUAUCAACGAGGCCCCAGAGAUCGAUAUCAACAACGCCUACCGGCGCCUGUCAGAUGCUGCCCUGGCGAGAUCUAGGGGAAGCCUUUCUGAACUGGGGCGGCCGAAAAGAUCAGACGACAUGGCUGGGAGUGGCCGGUUAGCUAAGGACUACCUGGGCCCCGACGGCGAGUUGUUAGUCGAAGAUAGUAGCGAAGAUAACGAUGAGUCGUCGGAUGACGAAGGCGAGCGUGGUAGGAAGGCUGCUCGCAACUUCGACAGUAGGGACCAGAAAAACCCAGGACCGACAUCCUCCACUAACAAAGCGGCUCGGAGCCUUAUGGCGGCUGCCGAGGAAGAACGCAUUGAGGUGGCUUCACGGCAACCUACGUACAAAUAUCGGUCACUGCUCGACGAGCCAGAGAUUACCGUUACGAACCCAUCGGGCGAGCGAGUAAAGUCGGGCAAGCCGGGUAUCCAUCCAGUCACGAGUUUUGACUUGCCCCCUAGGAGUGCUGGCUCGCGCACUCCCAUAGACUCGGACACGGAGGCCGACCUCACCGACAUCAAAAGAGCGCAAAGGCUCUCGUUUUCCAUGACACAAAUCAAGGACACGCCCGAGGCCCACCGCACCGUCCAGGUUAUCACGCGUGGAGAGUAUUCCAAGCUCGUUCAGGAGGCCGAAGAAGAGCAUAGGCAUCCCCGCAAAUAUAUGGUAGCGACGGAUCUCAGUGACGAGUCGACACACGCCCUAGAAUGGGCGAUUGGGACCGUGCUCCGCGACGGCGACACCCUGGUGGCCAUAUAUUGCGUCGACGAGGAGACGGGGAUCGUGUCUGGGGAUAACGCCAUGGUGCCGGACGAUCCCAAGGCAAUGAAGGAGCAAGCGGUGGCUAUUAAUGCUAUGGCUACCAACAAGAUCCCAACCACACCGGGUGGCACGGCGUUGCCUAUGCAGAAGGGCUCCUCGCCAUUUGCGCCACUGCUGGCUAGCAACAGCUCGGGCGCUAGUGUUUCGCCGGCGCCGUCUAGCAGAGAGCGCAGCAAGGCCGAGGAAGAACGGUAUCGAGCCGUGUACGACAUCAGCGAGCGCGUGACGAAGCUUUUGCGGAAGACGAGACUUCAAGUCCGUGUUAUCGUCGAGGUUCUUCAUUGCAAGAACCCAAAGCACUUGAUUACGGAGGUGAUCGAUCUCGUGAACCCUACUCUUGUCAUUCUCGGGAGCCGAGGGCGAAGCGCGCUUAAAGGUGUCAUUCUUGGCUCGUUUUCCAACUACCUCGUUACCAAAAGCUCGGUGCCUGUCAUGGUAGCACGGAAACGUCUCAGGAAGCAGAGCAAGUACAAGCGACUACCAGCCACGCACCAAGUCAAUAACAUCAACAAUCCCGCAGCCAGGAGUCUAGUAAACGCUAAAAUUGAUUAG